CCCCUACCACCCCGUGCCGCUGCUGCCGCCCCCGCCUGUCUCUGGGCUUGCAUCACCACCACUAUUGCCUGUUGCUGCUGUGCGGUCCGGUUGGGUGGGCGGUGUGUCUGCCGUUGUCCUGCCCAUUCAUUCUACCACCAUCACUUCAGUCACACCGAUCAUCGGUCGGUCCGUCCUCGUCCUCGUCCCUCUCCUCGUUCAUCACAACCCAUCCGUCUUGAACCAACACUUUACCCCCUCCUCCUCCUACAAGCAGCCCGGCUGCCACUCUGAGCAACUUGUUUGAUUAGCGCUGUGUAUUUGUGUAUACCUACCUACCUACCUGUCCAACCCGUCGUCGCCCAUCACUCUCGAGGCGCAAUCUCUACAGCGUCAUCGCCCCAAUCGGCUUCGCUCUCUCCUCCAUUCCACACGGUUCAUCGGGUCACAACUUCAAGCUCAUCUGUUCACAUCACACAAUCCGCUUCCUUGAAUCUGCAGCAAUGUUUGCAAAGGUCUCGGACAAGUUCCACGCCCGGAAGCAGGCUGCCAAGGCCCAGGUGACUUCCCCACCGAGGCAGCAGGCUCAACUGCCCUCGCGGCCGGCUCAGCCAGCGGCGCAGGCCAGCCGUUCGCCCCCUCAAUCACCACCGGUAGCCCAGCCCGCAUCGCAGCCCCAGCCGCCUGCUGCUCCUGUAGCCAAGCCUCAAGUCGCUUCGCCGCCAUCAAACAACAAUGGCGCGGGGGCUUCGCCCAUGGAAGGCAUCGAGGGUCCCCCGGCGCAAGCAAACGCUCUAUCACAUUCACUCUCAUCGGCUGCGACAGGGUCAUCAGCGUCGUCGUCGUUGUCGGCUGUGCCGCCCCAGGAUCGCACGCUCUCGUCAGCUCUGGGAGUCCAAGGCCAGUCUGCUGGCACCCAGGGCAGCGUCCAGCCAGAAGUGAACCGAACCAUGAGCAUUGAGAUGGCAGACGUAUCUACACUGUCCAUCCAGAACCCGCCAGACUCUGGUCGGCAAGGGAGCUCUGAUGAAGAUCGCAUUCGGGAGAAGGCUCGGGAGGCCCAAGAACAGGCACAGGCGAAUCUGCACAAUGCGACGCAGCAGGCUCGUGUUGCCGCGAUUCAUGCGGCAGCCACCCAGGCGGCGCUCGACACCUCGACGGGCACCAAGACCCCUACCGCAGCCAACAAGGUGGCUCAGCCAUUGAGGAAGACGGCGGGCCGCUACGCCCUCGCCGACUUUGCGAUUGAACGCACCCUUGGUACCGGCUCAUUCGGCCGUGUUCAUCUCGUUCGGUCCAAGCACAAUGGUCGAUUCUAUGCCGUCAAGGUGCUCAAUAAGGAGAAGGUUGUCAAGAUGAAGCAGGUGGAACACACCAACUCGGAGAGGGAGAUGCUGGUUCGUGUGCGACACCCCUUCCUCGUCAACCUCUGGGGCACUUUCCAAGACGCAAACAACCUUUACAUGGUCAUGGACUUCGUCGCAGGCGGAGAGCUGUUCAGUCUUCUCCGCAAGAGCCAGCGUUUCCCCAACUCGGUAGCGAAGUUCUAUGCUGCCGAAGUGGCCCUCGCUCUCGACUACCUCCACUCCCUAGACAUUAUCUACCGUGACCUUAAGCCGGAAAACCUCCUUCUCGGCGCCGACGGUCAUGUAAAGGUCACCGACUUCGGUUUCGCGAAGCACGUGCCUGACAUCACCUGGACGUUGUGUGGCACCCCGGAUUACCUUGCUCCGGAAGUGGUCCAGUCCAAGGGCUACAACAAGAGCGUUGACUGGUAUGCUCUCGGUGUCCUCAUCUUUGAGAUGUUGGCUGGAUACCCCCCAUUCUUCACAGAAGACGGCAACCCCAUGAAGCUGUAUGAGAAGGCAAGUCAUCUUAUCAUCGCCGGCAAGGUCCGCUACCCCACAUACUUUGACAACUUGGCCAGGGAGCUCCUCAAGAAUCUUCUUGUUGGCGACCUUACAAAGCGAUACGGCAACCUGCGCAACGGGUCGGCUGAUAUCUUUGGACACGGCUGGUUUGCCGAGGUCGACUGGGACAAGCUCUACCGCCGUGAAAUCCCAGCUCCCUAUGUGCCCAAGAUCGACGGUGAAGGUGAUGCUAGCCAGUUCGAUCGGUACCAAGAGGCCGAUGUCAGUUCGUAUGGUAAAUCAUCAAGCCACCGAUACGGCUCCAAAGAAGACAACCUCGACCCUGCUGGACGGCAAUCACUCCUUUCCGCCAUUCUAUUCCUGCUACCUGUUGCGUUCCCGGUCCACACCUGCCUCUCAACGAACAUAUGGAAGGAGGUUCAAAUGCUGGUGUUUGGCUUCCCAAGCAAGCUCUGUGCUCUUCAAUUUGAGUGGGCAUGGCAACACCCGGAGCUGUCGAGGCAUCUUCAUGUCCACCUUCCUCUGUCAGACGAGGGAACCGGCCAGAUCUUCAAAAAGGACGCUCGAAGGAAUAGGGUUGACAGGAAGGCAGUAGUGGCUCUAGCGCUCCUGCGAUCGCCUCCGUUUAACAAACUUCCUCUGCAUGUUCGGUGUUUCGCCUCAGAGGUCUGCGUUGUCUUUGACGCUGCGACCAGCGUCGUGCCGCCGCCGCCCUCGUCCGACCUGCGCAAGCUUAGUGGCCUGCCACCGCUGAACGGAAUAAUAUCAAUAACUGUGGACCGAGAGGGAUUGCAUUCGUCGAUGCUGCCUCAAACCCGCAACCAAGUCGAGGUGUCUUCCGCCGAGUCGUUCCAGCUAGACGUCGCUGAUCGACCCUUUCGGUCUAGCGAAAGGGUGGUCGGUAAAUGGCGCACAAUACAGUGUCAAGAGCAACGCACCAGCAAGUUGCUAUCCAAGUCGUAUAUGCUGACGCUCAAGGACCCGCUCUCAUUCUCUGUAUGUCUCUCAGGGUCUGAGAUACAUCCCCCGUGCACUGUGAUGGCUCAUCUCGACUGUCUUGCCAAACGCGCACUCGAUGGGUCUGGACGCGAUGGAGAGCUCGUCCCCCAGCGAUCGACCUGUAUCCAAUGCGGUGCGACAUCCACAUGGGGAGAGAUUAUCCGGGGAUGCUACAGUCGGCGCGACGACAGCCAGGGGAGAGCUUAG